UUCCGGGUUGGGCUCAAGGCAGCAUUCUGCGUCAUGGGGACUUGGCGGCGUUUGCUGCUUUUUGGGGGGGCGUCGCUUCGGGCCUGCGGCGGGGCCUGUGUCCCGCUUGGGGGAGGCCGAGUGUUGGUUUGGGGGCGCCAGUUCUCUGGUGCUGAGAGUGAGACCCUAAAACAAAGAAGAACACAAAUCAUGUCUCGAGGACUUCCAAAGCAGAAACCAAUAGACGGUGUUAAACAAGUUAUAGUUGUGGCUUCUGGAAAGGGUGGAGUUGGAAAGUCUACUACAGCAGUGAACCUUGCACUUGCUUUAUCAGCGAAUGAUUCGUCAAAGGCCGUUGGUUUGCUAGAUGUGGAUGUGUAUGGCCCUUCUAUUCCGAAGAUGAUGAAUCUGAAAGGAGAUCCAGAAUUAUCACAGAGUAACUUAAUGCGGCCUCUUUUGAAUUAUGGUAUUGCUUGUAUGUCCAUGGGCUUCCUGAUUGAAGAGACUGCACCCAUUGUUUGGAGAGGCCUUAUGGUAAUGUCAGCCAUUGAGAAACUGUUGAGGCAGGUAGAUUGGGGUCAACUGGACUAUUUAGUUGUUGACAUGCCACCAGGAACUGGAGAUGUGCAGUUAUCAGUCUCACAGAAUAUUCCUAUUUCAGGAGCUGUGAUUAUCUCCACGCCCCAGGACAUUGCAUUGAUGGACGCACAUAAGGGAGCUGAGAUGUUUCGAAAAGUCCACGUGCCUGUUCUGGGCCUUGUCCAAAAUAUGAGUGUUUUCCAGUGUCCAAAAUGUAAACACAAAACUCAUAUUUUUGGUGCUGAUGGUGCAAGGAGACUAGCACGGACCCUUGAUCUUGAUAUUCUAGGAGAUAUUCCCUUACAUCUUAAUAUACGGGAAGCUUCAGAUACAGGCCAGCCGAUUGUGUUUUCACAGCCUGAAAGUGAUGAGAUUCUCCAAAAGCAAGAAACAUUUCAAAAAGUUAAAGGAAUGUAAUAUAACAGAGAACAUAUAGCAACCAUCAAAAGGCCAAAGCCUACCUGAGGAUUGCUACCGAAGUGGUAAGAAGAUUGCCACCACCUCCAGAGUGAUUCCCCAAGUGUCUUGGAAAUCCGCCUGGUGCUUGACAGUAAGACCUUUGGAAAUCAGCAGUGUGGUGGUGAAAUCUACAGAAAUAAUAGCAAUCAUAGUUGUUUUCUUGUAUUUCUAAAGAAAUAAUGUCUUAUCUUCAAAUUUGAUUUGCUAAACAAUGACUUAACAAAGUUUUUACAUACCGAUGCUUACUGCUACAUUUAGGAAUUGUUUCGCAAGCUGUUGUGUACCAGCUUCACAGAACUGCAUUUUAUUUUAUUGAACUACCCCUUAAGGAAUCACGAGUUUAUAUUACAAGCCCAACCUUCAGUUCAGGAGAGAACUGUGCUCUUUUUGCAAGACUACAGAGUUAAAGAAUUUACUGAAUGUGAGUAUGGAUGUUAAGUGUGACAUCUCUCCAUCAGGCAGUUUGGUCUGGGUUUGAAUCCUGCCUCUAGUACUAUCUUGGACACAUUCUUGUUCCAGAUAAACCUCUACUUCUUCAUCUGGACUAGACUCUCCCCUAGACUUAAUAAAUCUCAAUCUCCAGGGGUGGAGUCUGGACAUGUGUGUUUUUAACAAGAUCAUAAUGAUUCUGAUUAUGAUGGCAAUACUAAUAAUAAUAACUAACAUUUAUCAAGUGUUUUCUCGUGUCCUUAUAGUUAAUCUUUCAUUCAUAUGAGUGGGGUACUGUUGUUAUUUCCACUUUACAGAUGGGGAAACUGAGAUAUGGGAAAGUUAACUGUCUUCCUGAAGGUUACUGUCUAGCAACUGGAGGUUUGAACUUGGGCAGUUGGAUACUGGAUCCUUCCUUUUGUACACCAAAGGGCAUUUGUUUAUUUCAAAAGAGGAAUAAGAUUAUAGUAUUCAGAAUUUCCUCAAACUUAUUUGACCAUGAACUCUCCCAACCUCCCCUUUAGGAGCAUUUCUUGGAGUUCAUAUUUCAAAGAAUACACCUUGAAAAGCAUCUUGUCUGAUUGAGGCUGAGAGAGAGAGAGAGAGAGAGAGAGAGUGAGAGUGCCAGUCAAGGGUUCCCAAGGUUAUAAAGCUGCAAGUACUGAUAAGAGUCAUUAGUUAAUCCUCACUUACAAGGAGGUGGUCUGUGACCUUUGGCAAAUGCCUGAGUUCCUUUGUAGUUAAGCAGCCAGAAAAUUAGGUAAAGAGUUACAUGUCAUUAUAAACAUGUUUUUGCACACUUAUGCUCACAUAAAAAACUGUGCAUGGAUGUUUAUAGCAGCUUUAUUUGUAAUAGCCAAAACAACCCAGAGUUUUCCAAUGGGUGAAUGGUUAGAAAAACUGUGGUAUAUCCAUACCAUGGAAUACUACUCAGCGAUUAAAAAAAAGAACAAACUAUGGAUACAUGCAACAACCUGGAUAAAUUCCAGAUAAUUAGGCUGAAUGAAAAAGCUAAUCCGAAAAGGUUUUGUACCAUAUGAUUGAAUUUAUAAAACAUUCUUGAAAUGACAAAAUUAUAGAAAUGGAGAGCAGAUUAGUGGUUUCCAGGGGUUAAGGAGGGGAUUGGUGAUGGGGGACGGAAUUGUGUUUGUGGCUAUACAAAGGCAACAUCAGAAAUCCUUGUGAGGAUGGAAAUGCUCUGUAUCAUGACCGUACGGAUGUCAGUAUCUUGGUUGUGAAAUUGUGCAACAGCUUUGCAAGAUGUUACCAUUGGAGGAAAUUGGGUAAAGGGCACAAUGGAAUCUCUCUGUAUCAUUUCUUACAGCUGCAUGUGAAGCUACAAUUAUCUCAGAAUAAAAAUAAGAGUAUAAUUUUAAAAGCAAACUUGCGCUGCUGUGUCUGAACUGAAAUCUCCUGGACCAAAUUAUCCAUGCUAAUUAAAAUCAUGAAUAAAAGUAUUUGUGGACACACAGUAAUCAUCAUUCAUCACUCUGAAAAGGAAGUAACUUUAAGUUGUAGAUAUGUAUUUGUAUUUUAUUGUCUGUUUGGAAGAAGGCCAAUGUAGAUAAUCAUUGAGUAUUUCUAAAUACGAAAAAGCAAGUAACUGAACCAAGCUUGACUUUACCUGGAAAAAGAAUAAUUUAAAUAAGCUCCAGAGGUGCUUCAAGUUGUGUACCAGAAUUUAAUACAUCUCAUGGAGAAACGGGAAAGAUAGACUUCACUCAUAAAUGUACAACUUAGAGAAGAUUCACAUAUAUAAUCACCUGCUCCCUUCUCCCUCACUUACUAGUCUCUGCAGAUGCUUCCAGGAAAGCCACUGAAAAAAAUUGUGGUUGGGGUUUAUACCCAGGUUUAAAAGUGGAGGAGGGGAAAGUAGGUUUAAGAGCAAGAAUGAAGCUUAUUCUAAAGUUUUUGCCCCUGGUAGCCUUUGCUAAGCUUCAGAGAGCUGACUUCAAAUAGACUAUCAAGCAUAGCUAGUCUGCCUGUUGCUAGGGGUAAUAUUUGUUUCCUCAUUCUUCACAUUUCCACAGAGUGUAGAGAAUUUCCAUUCCCCUGUCCAGGAGGGAAAGGCAAGCUUCCCCACUCAUUCCAUCCUGGGGAAAGAGGAGUGACUCAUGGGCAAAUUUCUUUAUAUCUGUGUUUCUUUGAUUUCAGCCAAAUUCUGAGCUUUCUGAGGUAGGCUACAGGAAAGCCUGAAGCUGUCCGCCUCUGCCUUGGACUUGGGUAAUAAGCAAGUCCAUCUAAUUUAGAGGUAGGGUAUUUGGUAGCCCACUGUGGUCAUAUACCCUCUAAUGCAGCUUUUUGUCAGUAAUAAAGCUCAUUUUUUUUGAACCAUUAUCUGGAUUCUAUGUCUCUCAGUUCCAAACAGGGGAAGAAUCCCCCCAACCAGACUCCAAGGAAACACAAAAUACCUUUCUAGAAUCCUAUAAAAUUAGAACUGAAGAAUAUAUUUCAGAUAAGUCCACCACUCUAUUUGAAGCACCUCUAGUAAAAAAUAAGUUCAUUAAUGGCCACAAGUUUUUUUUGGGGGGGAGGAGGGAGAGUGAAGGGAGGUUAUUAUGAUGUAUACUACAUAUGCAGUAAAGCACAGAAGACAUAAAUAUACAGGUCAAUUAAUUAUCUACAAAGUGAACACCCAUGUAACUACCAGCUAGGUUAGGGAGGAGACCACAACAAGCAUCCCCAAAGCCCCAGUGUUUUCCUUCACAAUCACUAUCCUCUUCUUCCCUUACAAAGUUAACAACAAACUGAUGUUUUAGCACCUAAGUCUGUACCCUUAAACAUUAUAGUUUUGCCUGUUUUUUUGAAAUUUAUAUUAAAUGGAACUAUACAGUAUUUUGCUCUAUAUUAACUGUUUUUAUUUUGCUCUAUACUGACUGCUUUUCUUCUGUAUUAUAUUUCUGAGAAGCAUGUCUAUCGUUGCAUAUAGCUGUGCUUUAUUCAUAUCCUUUGCUGUAGAGAAUCCCAUUGUUUGAA